CUCCUUUUCCUACCUUGCCCAGUUCCUAGUUGCUUCUCUCUCCCUCAUUAAUAAAAAGAAAUUUACAAGCUUCUAAACUAUAUUUUCUUUUGGAUUCCUCCCCAAUGGCUUUCACCCAAAGACUCACCCGGCCUUUGUAAAAUCUCCUCCCUUCCGUCUGCAUUCCUUCCUCCAUUAUUUCUCCAUCCCUUUCCCCUCUCCUCCUCUCCUCUACCUUCUCUCUAAAAGACUGGAUACAGAACAAAAAAAAGGGAAAAAACAGAAAGAAAGGAAAGAAAGAAGAACACCUACCAAGCAAGUCUUGGUCUUUGAGUUCAUGGGCUGUGGAAUUGUUCCCAGGAAUCCCCUCUGGCUCUGAAAAGAUUCACACCGAGCAACAGUUCUUUGAUUUUUUUCCCCCUUUGUUUUGCUGAAGAAUUGCUUGUACAGAACUGCUUCUUUCCUGUUUCCGCUUGGUUUUCCGGUGUUUAUUUUGUUGGAAUUUUCUUGGGCCCUUUCUUCUUCGCUUGUGGAGGCGAGGGGAGAAGAGAGGCAUGGGAAAGCAAGGACCUUGCCGUCAUUGCGGAGUCACCAGUACUCCUCUCUGGAGAAAUGGGCCACCAGAUAAGCCAGUGCUCUGCAAUGCAUGUGGCUCAAGAUGGAGAACUAAGGGUUCGCUGACGAAUUACACACCAAUGCAUGCUCGGGAUGAUAUUGAUGCUGAGGAACCUAGAGCUAGCAAGCUGAAACCUCCAACAUUGAAGCUGAAGGAACAGAAGCAACUGAAGAAAAAUCCAAGCCACAUCACAAUGGAGAAUGGACCAUUUUCUGAUCAAAACUUCCGUAAGAUGGGAGAUCCUGACCUAAGUAAUCGAUCUGGUUCUGGAUCAGCACUAUCAUACUCAGAGAGUUGUGCCCCCUAUGGCACUGCUGAUGCAAGUGAAAUGACUGCUUCAGCACAAUCACAUGCUUGGGAAUCACUUGUGCCAUCAAAGAGAAGGAGUUGUGUCACUCGGCCUAAGCCUUCACAAAUGGAAAAACUUGCAAAGGAUCUUAAUUCCAUAAUGCAUGAAGAGCAGCUACUUUACCUUUCAGGAUCCUCAGAGGAGGAUCUAAUUUACCAUAGUGCAACUCCUGUGGAUUCCUUUGAGAUGGGAUAUGGAAGUAUGCUUCUCAGACCAAAUUCAAAAUCACUGGAGGAAGAAUCAGAAGCAAGCUCUAUUCCUGCUGAUAAUAAGUCAUAUAUUACUAGUGAAUCUUACUCAGGGUCGGUCUCAUUUGUAUAUAGUGAAAGCAAGGCAACAAGCAACCAAAAUGUUAUAACUGAACAGCCAAAGAAGUUUCUGGUGCAAACAUCAGAUAAUGCUAGAAGGGCUAAUCUCCAUACUGAAAAUCAGGAUACUCUGGAGAAUGCAAACUCACCUUUAGUUUCCCUACAUAUGGAGGGAAAAGACAGUGAAGAAACAAGAGUAAAGACCAGUGCUUCAAAUCGCCUUACAAAGUCCACCAUGAAUCCUCUGAAAAGGCCUCAUGACACCCACUUCCAAAGCUCCGUAGAACUAAGAGGAACCAUGAGGAGUCCUAAAAGAGUUUCUAAAUAUGGUGAUGCUAUGGGUCUAAAGUGCCAAGCGUCGUUUAUGCCGAAACCAGGCAAUGGCAAAGAUUUAGCCUGCAGUGACAGAGCACUUAACUUAUUCAUGUUACCCCCGGAUAAACUAUCCAUGCUGGUUCCUCCUCAGUAUGCCAACACUGAUUCUGAUCAAGACCUGUUGCUGGAUGUUCCUCUUAAUGCUCGGCACCCAGAGGCCGAGCUUCUUUGCCAGCCAUCUCAACUGAGCUCAGUAGCCCACAGCUCCACCUCAGAGGCUGGGAAUGCCGGAGGAGAGGGGCGCCUUAAGCAGCCCUACAUAUGGCUUUUGGAGAAGGUAUAUAACUCAACAUGGCUGUAUGGAAAAGAGGUCAUCUUGAACAAGAAAUUUGAGAUUGGUGAUAUCAUUGAUGAAUGGUAUGUACAGUUGUACAUAAACUUGGUUCAAAAUAGCAACAUCGCGUGUGAUUUCGAUGCGGAGGCAGCGAGGGGUAGGCCCCGACUCCCGCGGAUUCGCGCGCACGAAUCUCAACGCACCCGCUCCACUCCCACCCCCUCCUCUUAUCCCCUCCCGAGCAGAGAGCCCCUCCUCGCCGCACCUCCACCCGCGCGCUCCCCGCUGCCGCCGCCACCACCACCACCGGCGACGCCAGCCAUGCUGCUCCACAUCCUCGGCUCCUCCACCCUGGCCCCGGCGAGGCCCUCCCCUCUCAGGCAGAGCGGCGCUGGGACGGGGGCCGCGACGGUGAGGUGCGCGUCCUCCUCCUCGAACCCGUCGCCAUCGUCGUCGUCGUCGGCGGCCGCGGCGGCGGGGAAGCAGGUGGCGAAGGUGCACAGCUACGGUGCGCUGGACUACGAGCGGAGAGCCGCGCUGCGGUGGAGCAGCCUGUACCGGCGCAUCGCGGUGGGGCACGGCGGCCGGCCGGUGGGGCGCACGCUGGGGGCCUGGGAUGAGGGCGAGCGCCGUCUCGACAAGUGGGAGCUCUGCCGCAUCGCGAGGGAGCUGCGCAAGUUCCGCCGCUUCAACCUCGCGCUCCAGGUGUAUGAUUGGAUGACAGAGCGCAGAGAUAGAUUUUCACUCUCAUCUAGUGAUAUGGCAAUCCAGUUGGAUCUGAUUGCAAAAGUACGUGGUGUUUCACAUGCUGAAGAAUACUUCGAGGAGCUUCCUGAUCCAUUGAAAGACAAGCGGACAUAUGGUUCUCUUCUCAAUGUUUAUGCCCAAGCUAUGAUGAAAGAGAAAACAGAAAGCACAUUUGAGCAGAUGAGAAAAAAGGGAUUUGCAACUGAUACAUUACCUUUUAAUGUGUUGAUGAAUUUUUAUGUGGAUGCUGAAGAGGCUGAGAAAGUGUCCAUACUUAUUGAUGAGAUGAUGGAAAGAAACGUUGCUUUUGAUGUCUGCACUUACAACAUUUGGAUAAAGAGUUGUGCGGCUAUGCAAGAUGCUGAUGCAAUGGAACAAGUCUUUAACCAGAUGAUUCGCGAUGAGACUGUUGUUGCAAACUGGACUACUUACACAACUCUUGCUAGUAUGCAUAUUAAGUUGGGGAACUCUGAGAAGGCGGAAGAAUCCCUGAAAGAAGCUGAAAAGAGAACGACAGGACGGGAGAAAAAAUGUUUUCAUUAUCUCAUGACACUCUAUAGCCACCUCGGCAAGAAGGAAGAAGUCUACCGCGUUUGGAAUUGGUACAAAGCAACUUUCCCCACAAUUCAUAACCUGGGUUACCAGGAGGUACUAUCUGCCCUUGUUAGGCUAGGAGAUAUUGAGGGAGCUGAACUUCUUUACGAGGAAUGGGCAUCCAAGAGUUCCAGUUUUGAUCCUAAGACUAUGAACAUUUUAUUAGCGUGGUAUGCCAGAGAAGGCUUUGUUACCAAGGCUGAGCAAACUCUGAACAGAUUUGUUGAGAAAGGUGGAAAUCCAAAACCAAACACCUGGGAAAUCCUUGGCACAGCAUACCUGAAGGACGGUCAAUCAUCUGAAGCACUGUCAUGUUUGGAGAAAGCCACUGCAGUUGCAAGUCCAAGCAAAUGGAGACCAAGACCCACCAAUGUUGAGAGCCUCCUUGCGAAUUUCAAGGAGAAAAACGAUGCAGAAAGCGCAGACAGGUUGAUGAAUGUACUUAGAAGUAGACGGUGCGAGGAGAAUGAAGAGUACAAGUCAUUGAUCAAUACCUAUGCCUUUCAAGACACAUGAUUGUGAAAGAACAUCAACAAUCUCAUGAGCAUUACAUCCUGAAUGAAUGCAUUACUUGCUUGUAGUGCUUUUUAGAUGCUAUAGUUGUGUCUGUUCCAGACAGGGUAGAUGCAUUUGGCAAUUGAUUCCUUAGACAAAAUCGCAUGGCGUACAUAGAUAUACCUUCUUUUCAGUUCAACUUGGCUCAGUUAAGAAAGUUGUAAAUUCGCCUAAUGGCCGCCAAGUACAAGGCUCAUUUUAUUUUCUAGUACAUAUACAAUGAGUAAAUGCGUUGUUGUUAUUGAGGAUUUAACAGAAAUUUACUUUUUCUUGCUCUAGGGCUGUAUUUUUCCCCCCUAUAUUUAAUGAAAAGGCACAAGUUCCCCCGCUA